AUGACAUAUGUCAUCCAGCACAAGAAAUCACGACAUCCUGACAGCCCUGCCAACAGCCGCAAGAGCUACCACGGUUCGGAGCUAUCGGAAGACGAUAGGAGCUACCGAUCUGAUGGUUCUGCUGGAAGGGGUGUGCCGAGACACCCCCCUAUUCCAACCAUUGCCAUCCAAGAUAUUGGGGACUCAUCGUUCAGUGAAAGCGAAUAUUACAGCGGUUCUGAGAGGCUGCAUAGACAGGCUUUAGAAGCUAAUAUGUACAGGGAUGGUGAAGAUAUCCAAACUUUGGAGUUUUCCAGCCAGCACCCAGAUCUCUCUACCGAUGAGGAGGUAACCAGCAGAGAGGAGGAAGAGUGGGGAAUCGGGAAGAGCUAUGUUGCCUUCGCUGUAGUUGAGCGAUCAGAUCCUGAAGAAUCUCAAGAUGAAAUAGCUUGGAAAGUUGCACAGGUUCAUAGUGAGCCUUGUUUUUCCUUGGGUGCAGUUGCUGUUGAAAAUCAGGUCAUUGGUCCUCAUGAGGAGAAAGUUGAAAUUGAUCCUGCAGUUCAUGUGAUUGGGGAUGAAGCCAGUAUUUCCCAGUCGUGUGCUAAUGAAGAUGAUAUAGCGGAUGGAAUUAAGUUCGAUUCCAGAGACCUGCACAUUGGAAGAAGUCAAGAUGAAAAUCUGGCGCUCCAUGAAACAGAAGAAGGUCUACUUAUGGCAACUGCUUCUGGAGUUGUUCAGCAGGUUCUCAUAGGUGCUAAGCGGCAAUUGCAAGUAGAGAUGCUGGGUUCAGAGAGGUCAAGCUUUCUGCAAGCAGCUCAGGCAACAGUAUCGACCAAGGAGAUGGAGCAAAGUCAGAGUUCUGUACCAGUUGUACACAGCCCUGCAGAAGAAGAGAUGGCACCAUUACAACCAGAGAUGUCCUAUACAACAGACCCUAGUGUGUCGGUAACCUUUGACAGCAGUCUGGAGGAGGGAGCUUCUGCUUCUGCCGACACAUCAACUGAACAGCCGAUGGCAACCAUCAAGAUCAUGAGUGAUCUUACAGAGAAUGGUCUCAUCAGAGAGUUGAAAUUAGGUCCAGAAUUAUGCAAGGUAUUGAUUGGCUGCACUCCAAUUUCAAUUGAUAUUGAGCCUGGGGAGGAUGGACUUGUCAGAGUUCAACCCUCGGAUAACGUUGAAGACUGUGCACCUGCAUUGGAAUCUGAGAUCCUUGAUCUUGGAGAAGAGAAGGAAACUUGGAAUGAAGAUGAAGAGUCAUCUACCAAAGAGGUUGAAAUCGAGCAAACUGCAGAAGGAAUCAGCACUGAGGAGGGUAUCCCGAGGGAAUCUUUAGAUUCUCAUAUAUCAGAAGAACCGCUGAUACCUCCGAAGCCAUUACCGCAACAAGAUGAAGAUCAGGGUACGGAUGUUGAUCUUGCACAUAUUUAUGAAGAGCCAGAGCAUUUCUUUGGAGGAUCAAACUCCAUGGAGUAUUUUGCUUUUGAAUGCACACAACUUGGUACAAGCAAAGCUCAAGAAAUAUCUGUAGAGGAAGAAGUGGUGUCAAGCUCAGAUACGACACCCAUGCUAGCACCUAAAUCUGAUGAAACUAUGCUUCCAGAAGAUUCUUCUUCCCUUGAAGAAAGGCAAAAGAGUGAAGAUGCUAUGACCGGCGAGACAAAGUCUGAAAAUCCUGACAAAUCUGAAGAGAUGUCUCCACCAGAUCUAGAGUUCUGUGAGAGUAUAGAACCUCCAGGGAUUGCAGCUGAAGAAUGUAGGGAACCACCACUCGUUCCUGCAGUAGAAUGUCCUCAGAAAAAUGGAAAAGACCCUGAAACCUCUGAAGGUUUUGAUGAAGAGCAGAGGAGCAUGAUCAUGGAAAAUGAAAUGUCGCCAUAUUUUAGUUCACCAUCUUUGAAUGGAGACAACAGACUCGAUGAAAGCACAGGAGAAGAUGAAAUCAUACAUAUGGAGGGCAGUGACACAGAUCCCAAUGCUCUUAUAGGUGCAAGCAGUUCAUCUUUGGUUGUUGAAGACCUCAAAGAGACCAGUGAAGGUGUUUCAGCUGAGCGGGAAAUGCAUCAGGAGCCUGUAGAGAGACCAGAGAGAUUGAAGUUAAGAAGGGUUUCUGGAACAACUAAAUGGGUUGCCCAUUUCACCAAGAAGGUCUUUAAAAGGAAGAGAAUAAAAAAGGAUAGUGUGAAACUUCUUCUAUACAAACAUCUAGAUCAUGAUGAGAAAAGCUCAGACCCUCUUUAUAUCGUUGAAGGGAAUACUGGAAUGGCUUCUGAAAGCGGACUGGCAACAUAUGAAACAAACCAAGAUGAAAAAACCCAUGAAGACGUUGGACUGUUAUCUGAAGAGGCUUCACAGGGAACCCCUGAAUGUGCUAUAGCACCCCUUUUGGAACUCAAAGUUGGAGAGAUAGUGUUGCCACUGAAUGCUUUAGUUAAAGUUGAAAAGGUUGCAGAAGCCACAAUAAUAAGCAUUAGAAAGUCAGAAAGUGGUGCCCAUGAAGAAGAGGAAGAAAUGACCGAAGAUACUCAAAACCAGACAGAUGAGAAAGCCAUAUAUCCAUCUGAUGAACCCAAAGUGCUCAUGACAGAUGAUCAAAGUCAUUCACUACCCAAGCUAACACAAAUUACAGAAGCACCUAUUUCAAACCAAGAUAUUUUAUUGGAGCCCCUUCUUCCUCUCAAAGUUGAUGAUAUAGUACUUCCUCCGGAUUGUCUCAAUGAAGUAGAAAUUGUGGCUCGGGCCACUCUGGAUAGCAUUGAAGAAUCUGACCAAAGGUCCUUUGAAAAAGAGUCAUCCCUUUCAGAUCAGACCCAGUCUGCGAGCAUUGUUCACCCUGCUGAGGAAUCCCAGGUUGUGCGUCAAGGAAAUACCAGACAGGAUGAAGUGGAAUCAAUGAGGGCAUCAACCAGCCAUGGAAGUCAUCCAGGACAAGGUCUUCAUGUUGUAAAAGAAACAGAGCUUGAGUGUUCCUCAGAAAGAGGAGCAGUAGCUGAUGAACCAAGUCUUGUCAGGACACCAAGUAUGAUCCUUGAAGAAGAGGGGUUGGUUUCUGACAGGGAGGCACAAGGAUCACAUACCCCUCAACAUGUUAGUCUAGGGCGAUUUUCUUUGAGAGGUUUACUGGAGAAAGUUAAUGUAGUCUAUGAUCAGUGGGCUACAGCGGGGUUCUAUAUAACAGGAAACGUGGAUCCUAACACCGGAGACUGGGUCAGGUAUCAGAAUGGACAACUUGUCUCCAGAUCCGACGCUGUCAUAGCCGAUCAUGAUCUUGCCAAAGGACCUUCCAACGGACACUCAGGUGGAGAACCUACCCUAGAAAAACUUGGAACGGUCCCCGGUCCAAAGGACAAUCCUGCAGCUUCUGCAGUCAGGGAUGCCGAAGUUGAUAUCGAACAGAGAGCACCAGAGGCACCAAAAAUUCCAGAUGGAGAAAAGAAGUCACAAGUACCAUCGGUAGUUGGGGAAGACAGACCAGAAAGAAAGAAAGACUCAUUACAUAGGUUCACAUCGCGAUCAUCAGUCAGUACUGCAUCAACGACCACAUCCACGCCAGUAGAAAAGAGAUUGUCAAGGUCAAAUAUGCUGCAUAAGGGUAGUACGUCUAGUCUGACAAGUCUCUAUAGUACCGGGGAAGAGUUCUACGGAAAGUACCCCAUCACUGGUGACGUCAGCUUUGGACUAGGCUAUAACUUCAAGACCAAUGUCUUUGAAGUCAAGAUCGGUGGCUGCAGAGACCUGGUGCCCAUUGACGCCAAGAAGAACAAAUCUGAUCCGUACAUCAAGACCUAUCUCUUGCCAGACAAGUCCAAGAACAGCAAGCGUAAGACGAGGACCAAGAAAGGAACCAUCAAUCCCAAUUACAGCGAGAAUCUCAAAUACCCUAUCUCUCAGAGUGAGCUCGAGACCAGGACCCUCAGUGUGGCAGUCUGGCACUAUGAUCGGUUUGGACAUAACAUGUUCCUUGGGGAGGUUCUACUGCCGUUGGAUGGGGUGGAUCUCACCAGCUAUCCUGUCAAGUGGCAUCAGCUGAUGACAAGGGUCCCACCAACUGAGACCAAGCCCAUCUCUUACAAGGGAGACAUAGUCCUGGCCCUCAUGUUUGAGACCCUACUGGAUGAGAACAAGAACAAGAAUGGAACCAGCGAGUCCAAGUCCUCGUUGCGACGUAAGAAAAAAGGCCCAUCGGCCAAGCAGAUUGGAGGAAGUCUAAAGGUUCACAUCAAGGAAGCAAAGAACCUUACGCCUCAGCGAGUCGGGGCUGUUGUUAACCCUUACAUCAAAGUGUACUUGGAACCUGACCGAAGCAAGAACGGUAAGAAGAAGACGGCUACGAUGCGGAACACCCUGAACCCAUCCUAUGAGCAGAGUCUAGAGUUUCCCAAUGUCACUGAAGACAUCCUGAAGGAGAGGGCGCUAGAGGUCGGCGUCUGGGAUAGCGAGAUCGGAUCGUCUUCAUUCCUUGGUGGUGUCAGGCUUGGCUCAGGCACUGGUAAGUCAUAUGGUAGAAGCGUGGAGUGGCAGGAUUCAACCGGCAUUGAGAUCCAACUCUGGCAAGAGAUGUUACGCAAUCACAACCAAUGGGUGGAGGCAUGUCUCACUCUCCGCGCAUCGUUCAACAAAGAUAAACACACAUAAAUUGCCAUGGCAACAUCGUCGUCAUCUAUGUACCUGCAGUCAUGGGUGGAGCCAUCGUCGUUGCUGUGGCGUUCGCGAAUCUUCUUAGAACUUUGGGUGAUAGAGGUCAAAAGGUUGAACCAUCGGUGUUGGUACAUGUAGCAUUAUCAUAACAAUGGUCACCAGUCGCUAAUGGCCCAUCAACUCAUGACAUAUGGUAACCUAGGUAUGAACCUCUGGAAAAGGGGAUAAAGACCGUAGUCCAUUAGAAUGUUGAUCGAGUGCUCUGAAGCCUCUGUCCCAUUAUUCCGCUCUUGCAACAGUUUGGACACGACCUGAUCCAGGCAGGAUUGAGGGAGAAUAAAUUUCCAAUCAGCAAAGUGACAGAUGGUUUGUAGCAAUAAAAUAAAGUCUAGUUAACUUUACGUCCUUGUGCAGCUGUUAGUUAGUCCGGAAAGACCUUAUUACACUCAUCCCAUGACCGCAUGCUGUGUCUCUACGCAGCUAUCCCAAUGGCUCAACAUAGAUAUGCUCGGAUUUCUUGCCGAUCUGAAUAAAUACCCACUCUUUAACCCAUCCUGUCUACAUCAUUGUUACUCUUCUCCAGAUUUCAUUUGAUCCCUAUCCCGCUCUCCGCCAAUCUAGUUCUCAGGAUAGAUCUGGGUUCUAUAUUCAUGUUGAUGGAACAGCUCCUACGUCUAAGUUAUGUUCGAUAGAGACAAGAAGUAAUGUGGUUUUAUUUGAGCACCUAAAGCACCGUGAUUGGUCUAUAAUAAGUACCUUGCCUCCAUACAUCUAUCUAUAUAAUAUACAAUCACGUUGGUGGCUUUGUGGGUCAUCAUCAAUUGUACUUCCACAUGAUACUGCUUAACUUAAUUCAAAGUUUUUUAACUUCUUUAUUAGCUGGUAAUCAUUUCGCCCCUUGUACAUGUACUUGAAAGUUAGCGAUCCUUAGGUCAGAUGAUCCUUAAGACAGACGAGUUAAAUCAGACUAUCAAAACUUUAAGAUUUCUUAUAGUUUACAUUCUGUCCAUAAGCUAUAGAGGGUUCAUGCUCUUAGUUUCAAGUUGUGCACUUGAGGUAGUAGUUAGAGAUUGAUAUUGCAAUGGAAAGGCCCUUAUUAUUCAAGGUCACAGAAAUAAAUUGGCUUCCCAUAUCUUGAUUGGCCAGUGGACCCUACUACGGCUUUCCAUAGCUUGAUAUUGAUUCAAAUCAGUGACAUUCUUUCUUAGAUAGUAGUUCAGUGAGGAACAGUUAUAUUUCAGUGGGAUAUUGCAUAUCAUCUUGGGCAUUACAGAGCAUGACGUAUUCAUACCUGUAUAUGAAGCAAUAUAGCAGUCCCACAUAUUCAUGUUUAUGUGUGUGUGUUGAAUCCAAAUGGGUACACAUUUUUAACUUUUUUGAGAUCUGAAUUAAUCUGCCUUCACAACUCAAAUUGGCAACAAUGAUAAUUUUUAUCCAGUUAGUUAAUUGAUCAAAUAGAAUAUGGAUUUAACUCAGGUUAACGUGGAUUAACUUGCAAGAUUUUACUGAGAAAAGCUGCCAAUUUGCAUUUGUAUAAAGUGAUUUCAUUGUUUUCACAAUUUUGCUCGGAGAGUAUAAUGAUUAGCACCAGUUAAACAGAUAGAUUUGCAGGUGUUAGAAAAUCGAGACAAUGACAUGUCAACGUGAAGUCAAUUCACAAAUAAUUUUCUGUGAAAAAGAUAUAAGUUUCAAAGUCUACUUGUACUUGCAAUAAUAAUGAUUACGAAUGACACUGAAGUGACUUUGUAAACCGCAUUCAGCGAUAAAGAAUCUUUAGUGUCAACCUACAAGUACUCUGGCACAAACCGAAGUAAAAUGUACUGCCAGUGAAAAAGUAGUUGUCUUUUUCACCUCUAUUUAUCAUCUUGAUCUGGUCAAAGCUUCUCUGAAUAUAGCGUCUUCCAAUGUCUAUAGUCUUCUGCAUAUGAAUUUAUUUCAUAUUGUUGUGCGGAAAGUAAAAGGGCAAUAUCACACUAUUGUUUGCAAAAAAAAAACAAUCUAGUUAUGAUUCAAAUAAUGCCCUACCUUUAGCUAAAAUUGGCAUUUUGGAGCAAUUCUCACCUUCUUCGUUAUCAAAUUUCUACAAAAGUACAAUAAAUUGGUAAUUUUGAAGACAUCACACGAAAGGUCUGUCAUUACUCUGUCAGGAAAUUUAUAAAGAAAAAACAAAAACUGAUGUUUUUUAUUGUAUCAGCUAUAUCGCCCUUUUACUUGUCAAAUGAUGAUAUACAAAUCCAAAUAUAUAAUCUCAAUAAGCACUUGAGGAUUUUUCUUCGAAAUAGCCUCGUACAAUGCUUUUUAGAGUGUCCUUUUCAAAACUAGUGGAUGUAAUACUGUAUUCAUGAGGUCUUAUGUGAAUUGUUAUGGCUGUAUGUACACCAAUGACCAUUAAGCAGACGCAAGAGAUAGAGUUAGAUGGCGUUACCUUGAAUUCAAAAUUUCUGGUGGUAUAGAUUCCCAUUAUUAAUAAUUAUGGAUUAGAUAUUAUAGGGUACUUCUAUAAAGUCAGCAUGAAUAUGUAAAUACCAUUCAGUUUGUAUUAUUUAUUCCCUUUUUUACAUAUUUAUUUCUUUUUCAAGUUCCUCUUUGUGUUAGAUACUUUUGAAAGUGGAACUUUGUAAUUAAUGACACAGAGAUGUGCUCAGUAUAAAUGCAUGGGGAAAGGGAGUUUAUUGUUAUUAUAUUGUACCUUGAAAACAACUCGCUUGGAUACAUUACUAGUAUUUUUUUAUCGUUUUAAAAUGUAAGAACCAUAUUUGGGGUGAUAUCAUUUAAUACAGUGAAGUUUAUUUCUUGUGAAUCUCCCCAGUCAUUCCAUUGUGUUAGUUGCAUGUUGGGGAAGGAAGGCAUCCAUUUAAAGCCUACUUUUUAAUCAUUUUGAUGCCUUUUUUUUAAAGAAAACUGUCUUCCAUCUUUUGGUGCCAUUUACCAUGUUCCUUUAUGUUAGUGACUGAAUAUAAUUAACCCCAAUAUUUAUGUGAUAUGAAAUCUUAACUGUAACAAGGAACACCUUCAAUUAUUAUAUUACUUGUGUUACACAAUUCCAGCAAAAUUCUUAAAAUUAUAUAAUUAGUUCUGUUGAUCAUGUUUGAUAUUGAGUAUUGAUUUUCAUUUUUAUAUUUCACACAACUUCAAAAAAAGAUUUAUCAAUUAUAAACAUUUCAUAGCAAAAUAUAAAUCACUUGCAACUUUCGUAUAUUGCCACUGUUUAAACGUAACUCACAGAAAUCAUGCAGAAAUUGAUAAUUUAUAUCAUUUUUCAUUUUAUUCAUGAUCAGUCUUGCUCUAAAUUUUGAGACUUUUCCAUGACUUUGUAAACUUUGUGAAAUCAAAGUUCAGUCAGAUGUGUCUGCUGGGUUGAAAAUCACAUGACAUCAAUUUUAUUUACAGUCAUUUUAGAAUCAUUGAUUUCCUGUAAUGCUAUUUUACAAUAGUAAUGUCCAAUUAAAACUCAACCUUUUAAUUUUGGUUAAAUAUUUUCCUUCUCGAUUUCCAAGUAGAAAUUGCAUACUGUGUGACAAAGUAGAUAAUGUCUCUCACUUUCCCCCUUUUUUGGGGGGGUUACAUUUGUGACUACUGGAUAAGAAAAUGAAACAACUCAUAAUCACAUAUUGCUCUUGUUGUAGCACUAUGUAGUUUCACAAUUCAUGAAACGUUGUUCUAAAUUGGAUGUAAAACUGUUCUCUUUCUUCAUUAGGAGUACUGUAGGUACAUAUGUCUUUCACCUAUGCAAAUGAAACUAUUCGGAGCGUAGAGGGGACUCUGUCUGUCGUCAGUAAUGACAUGUGUUUCUUUUUAUCUUGCAUUUGAUAGGCCUGAUAUGUUCCAAGUUAAUCAAUGCUGCUUUAUGAGAUGAUUUCGUUCUCUGGGUUUUUUUG